AUGGGAGGUGAUAGUGAGCGUAAACGCCACCGUAGUCGUAGUGGAGAACGACACAGAAGUAGAGACAGGCGAGAUCGCACGCGUGAUCGAAGUCGGGACCGCAGUAGAGACCGCGGUGGAAAAGAUGACCGGACGCGGACUAAACAUGAUGAUAGUCGAGAACGAGACAGGGCUGAGAAGUCACAUCGGGAUCGCGAUAGGGGGCGUAGCUCGUACAGAGAUGGGGGGUAUAGUGGAGGAGGUCUAGGCGGAGGUUUAGGAAGUGGCGGAGGUCCAUCAGCUCGUGGUCGGUACAAACCUCAGGAGGAAGAAUUUUUAGAUGCCAGAAGAGAGGAACGAGAGAGAAUUGGACAAAUAGGUGUGUCAUCAGUUUGGGGAAAAUCUCCUCUAAGACCUGACUCCGAGGAAGAACCAGAACCUACCAAAGUCAAUGGUAGUAAAGAAAAGAAAAAAAGCAAAAAGUCCAAAGACAAAGAUCAAACUAAAGAAAAACUUAAAAAGUUGAAGAAGAAACUCAAGAAGGUGAAGAAAGCUCGUAAAAAGGCUAAAAAGAAAAAGGCAAAGAGUUCGAGCAGUGAUGACAGUUCCAGUAGCGAAGAUGAAAUAUGGGUAGAAAAAGGAAAGGAACAUGAAAUAGAAGAAACUAUUACCAAAUCAAAGUCAUCUAACAAGGACACAGAAUCUGAAGAAUUGGCUUCAGAAGCAUUUGGGCCUGUUCCGCGUGUGGGACCAGCACUUGGACACAAAGACUUUGGACGAGCCUUGCUACCUGGUGAAGGUGCUGCCAUGGCCGCUUAUGUAGCUGAAGGAAAGAGGAUACCCAGGAGAGGUGAAAUUGGACUGACUUCAGAUGAAAUUGCAUCAUAUGAGGCUGUUGGAUAUGUAAUGAGUGGAAGCAGACACCGUCGUAUGGAAGCUGUACGUAUACGUAAAGAAAACCAGAUCUAUUCAGCCGACGAGAAACGCGCGCUGGCAGCAUUCAGCAAGGAGGAGCGCGCCAAGCGAGAGAACGCCAUCUUGUCGCAGUUCCGCGACGUGUUGCAGGCGAGGACCCAGCGCCGGGACAACACUUAA